CUUGUUUACAGAGAAAGAUGUCUUCUUCUUCUUCUUCUUCCUCCUCUUACUUUACUGUGAUAGGUCUAUUCUUGGCAUUUUUGCUUGGCGGAUCAUUAUGCAAUGGAGAUCUGACUCCAACAUUUUACAAUGAAACAUGUUCAAACGUGUCGAGCAUCGUACGUGGAAUCAUUGAGACGGCGUUGCUGACCGACACCCGGAUUGGCGCCAGCCUUAUCAGGCUUCAUUUCCAUGAUUGCUUUGUCGAUGGGUGUGAUGGAUCAAUUUUGUUGAACAACAGUGACACCAUAGCAAGCGAGAAGGAUGCUGCCCCGAAUAAAGACUCAGUGAGGGGUUUUGGUGUUGUUGAUGACAUAAAGACUGCGUUGGAAAGCGCUUGUCCCGGCAUAGUUUCCUGCGCCGAUAUCCUCGCCAUUGCAUCUGAAGCAGCAGUUUCACUGGCAGGAGGUCCCUCGUGGGAUGUUUUACUUGGAAGAAGGGAUGGCACAACAGCAAACCGAACUGCUGCUAAUGACCUUCCAGGACCCUCCGAGGGCCUAGAUGUUUUAAAACAAAAGUUCUCAGACCUCGGCCUGAACACCACCGAUCUGGUUGCCCUCUCUGGUGCUCACACUUUUGGACGGGCUCAUUGUCGUACUUUCAGCGACCGACUAUACAAUUUCAGUAGCACUGGCAAUCCUGAUCCGACCCUGAACUCAACCUACUUAGAAACUCUCAAAGGAAUAUGCGCGGAGAACGGAACGGGGACUGAUCUGACCAAUCUCGACCUCACCACGCCGGAUGCUUUUGACAACUUCUACUACUCUAAUCUUCUACUCGAAGAGGGCCUGCUGCAGAGUGAUCAAGAGCUGUUCUCAACUACAGGGACUGAUACAUCUACCAUUGACAUUGUUAAUAGCUAUAGUGCUAACCAGACUACUUUCUUUGCUGACUUUGUGGUAUCGAUGAUCAAAAUGGGGAAUAUCAGCGUGUUGACGGGAACAGAAGGAGAAAUUAGACUCAACUGCGCUGUAGUUAAUGCAAACACUUCUGCAUCAAAUGGUCUUUUACAUAGCUCUAUUUAAAUGACAGAUAAGGCUGAUAUAUAUAUAUAUAUAUAUAUAUAUAUAUAUAUA